AAAAAACAAUAUGAUGUCCCAUAAUAUCGAUCACAUUAUCCGUGAGCAUACCUACGGUGGCGGCGGCGGCGCCAAUGGUGACAAUGAUCGGGCAUUUAUGACACUGAAUUUGGACGACUUAUUGGCCAAACAUCGCCGAUGGCUUGAAUGUCUGCCCCGUGUCCGACCCUACUAUGCAGUCAAGGCCAACAAUUUGCGACUAAUAUUGCAAAUAUUGGCCGAUCUUGGCCUAGGAUUUGACUGUUCCAGUCAGGCCGAAGUUGAGGCCGUACUGUCCUUAAAUGGUAUCAAUGGUGUUGGUGUUGGUGCUGAUGGUGACCAACUGGCCAGCAAUCGGCGCAUCCUAUUUGCUAAUGCAUGCAAAUCACGGGCACAGUUACAGUACAUACGUGACCAACAGAUACCGAUGAUGACGUUUGACUCACCGGAGGAAUUGGACAAAAUUUCCAGAUACUACCCGUCGGGAUCUGAGCUACUCAUACGUAUUAAGACUGAUAAUCGGCACUCGACAUCAAAAUUGUCGCUUAAGUUUGGUGUCGACACCCGAACCGAUGAUGAUGCUGGACAUGGGCUACUCGUACGGGCCAAACAACUUGGUCUACGGGUUACGGGUGUAGCCUUUCAUGUGGGCAGCGGUUGCCAACAAUCCGAGCCGUUUGUUGAGGCCAUACGCGAAGCCCGCCGGGUAUGGGACUGUGCCCGCGAGGUUGGCCACCUGGGGAUGCGUGUACUGGAUAUUGGCGGCGGUUUUAUCGGUAGCCAAUACUUGGCCAGUGUUCCGUUCGAGACGAUUGCCGAUGAUAUCAAUCGAGCACUUGACGAGUACUUUCCCGCCGUCGCCGCCGCAGCAGCCGAUAGUCCCGAUGAUACGGUAAUCGACAUAAUUGCCGAACCGGGCCGUUAUUAUACAAUGUCGGCAAUGGAAAUAUGUACACAGAUUACUGGCCGUCGGGUGAUUGUCCACAACACCAACAACAACGAUGAUCAGUCAUCACCGAUAGCCGACACUAACAGUGGCCACCAAUUGUUGCCGACGAUAGCUAAUAAUAAUAAUACUAAUAAAUCGAUUAUGUAUUACAUUAACGAUGGCCUAUACGGUACGUUCAGUUUUGUUACUACUGGCCAUCGAUUAGUUGAACCGAUACCUGUGUUGUCCGAUGAUGAUGACAUGACCGCAGCCAAUCGGCAACGGCCACACUACCGAUCGGUAAUAUGGGGACCGACAUGCGAUAGCUAUGACUGUGUCCGCCCGGAUGUAUGGAUGCCCGAAAUGUUUGCUGGCGAGUGGCUCCGGUUCCGCGAUAUGGGUGCCUAUUCGGUGUCGGCCAUUACCCGAUUCAACGGUAUGCCCGCACCAAUGAUGCUGAUAGUGGCCAAUAAUGAUGGUCAGCAAUCGGCGGCAUUGAAACAGUUGGCCAAUUGGCCGAUAAUUGAGAAACUAAUUGCUGACUAUCAAUACAAAAGUGUUAGUGAUUUGAUAUAA